AUGUUACCUCCAGGACCCAGUAAAACGCCCUUCCUCGGCCAUCCUACUCGUUCUUUCCCGCAACACGAGUGGGAGGUUUACAAGCUAUGGACGGACAGAUAUGGAGACAUAAUCCAUUUUAGAGUAUUUGGGCAAUCCAAGAUCAUCCUUGGUUCUGCGGCAGCCGCCGAUUUUGUGCUCGAAAAACAUUCGGCGACGUCAUCGGGCCGCCCGGAGUUGCCGCUUCUAACGCAGACGGCCGGUUUCGAAUGGCACUUUGCCUUCAUGCCUUACGGGGAGGAUUGGCGUCGGCAUCGCCGGAUCUUCCAUGAAAAGUUCAACCAGAACUCGGUGGCUGCUUUCCGUCCGAUGCAUAAGCGGCACAUCAAGCGUCUCCUCCGGCUGCUUUACAAGUCCCCUCAAUCCAUGUACGAGAACUUUCUCUACGUCACUGGGGCAACCAUCCUGGACGCGCUGUAUGGGAUAGAGGUUAGCGGUACGGAUGAUCCGUAUCUGAAGACGGCCGACGUCGUGCUCCAGGCAAUCACCGAGGCAACCACCACAACUUCCGCUUCUCUGAACAGCCUUCCCCCAGUUGCGACAGUUCGCCUUAUUCCGGCUUGGACUCCAGGGGCCGAUCUCAAGCGCAGCGCUCUCGAGUGGCGGUUCCAUGCCCAGCGCAUGGUCUCUCUGCCGUUCUCCGUAGCCAAGGAAUCGGUAGUAAGUCGAAUACAAAUACCAAGCCUUUUGGAAGGUGUCCUUCAGAAGUACCACGGCGCUGACGCUGGCCUCGAAGAAGAAGAGUUGAUCAAGAACGUGGCGGCAGCUGCAUACGAAGCUGGAUCCGGCACCGCUGCCAACAUUCUUCAUACCUUUACGCUCGCCAUGCUACUGUACCCUGACGUGCAGCGUCGAGCGCAAGCUGAGAUUGACGCGAUUGUCGGUCCGGAGCGGUUACCAGAGUUUGAGGACAGGCAACACUUGCCGUACAUGAAUCGACUCAUUAGUGAAGUGCAUCGCUGGGCGCCGGUGAAGCCUCUAGGGCUGGAGCAUACUGCGACGGAGGACAUAAUCUAUCGGGGCUAUACCAUCCCGAAAGGCGCAACGCUGAUCCCCAACGUCUGGGCCAUGUUUCACGACAAGGACACGUACGGACAGGAUGUGGACGCGUUCAAUCCCGACCGGUUCCUCAGACCAAAUCUCCAGGACGUUCCUCCCGGUUUCCCAUACGGGGCCUUUGGCCAUGGCAGGAGGAUCUGUCCCGGACGAUACAUGGCCAACAACACAUUGUUUGUCACUAUCGCCUCGAUCUUGGCGUGCUUCGAUAUAUCCCCUGCUUUGGAUGAAGCGGGAAAGCCGAUUCCGGUGCAGGAGCGUGCAAAUGCCGCCAACAGCCAUCCAGAAUCGUUCAACUGUAGAUUCGUGCCUAGGGGCGCGAGGGGGUUGCAGCUCAUCCUCGGGGAGACGGACUGA